AUGGGAAUGUCUCGAUGCUAUUCAUUAAUGAAAUGUUUGCUGAUACUGUUCAAUAUCAUAUUUUUGUGCGUGGGCAGUAGCGCGUGCGGGUUCGCAGCGUGGGCGCUGUGGGACGGGCGCGGCAACGAGAGCAGCGCGGCGCGCGCCGGCCUGCUGGCCGUGGCGGCGUGGGGCGCGGCGCUGGCGCUGGGCGCGCUGGCGGCGCUGUGCGGGGCGGCGCGCAGCUCGGCGCCGCUGCUGGCGGCCGCGUUCUCGCUGCUGGCGCUGACGGGCGUGGCGGAGGCGGCGGCGGCCUGGUGGGGCGCGGCGCACCGCCCCGAGCUGCGGCGCGCGCUGCACGCGGCGCUGCAGCACUCGGUGCGCCGCGAGUACGGCCUGCUGGCCUCGCGCACGCAGCUGCUCGACGUCAUACAGCAGGGGCUGGAGUGUUGCGGCGCCGACGGGCCGCGCGACUGGCAGCACUCCGCCUGGGCGCGCGCGCAGGCCGGCGGCGGGGGCGCGGGCGCGGGCGGGGGCGCGGGCGCGGAGGGCGCGGGCGACGUGCUGGACCUGUCGGUGGGCGCGCCCACCAGCUACUACUGGGUGCCGCCGUCCUGCUGUGUGCCCAGCGAUGAUCCGGAGGUAAUGCGCGCGUCACUCGUUUGUGAUCGAUGUGAUAGUAUCUGUUACGGUGGGACUGUGUGCUAUCAUAUAUCUAAAUGCAAUCCAAAAUACAAUAAUAAAUUAAUUGGACCAGGCAAUAUGCGCUUUUAUAAGUGCACUGGAAAACUCAUUGACUAUACAGACGCCCUUAGUGAUAUUUCAAUUUUUAAUUAA